UCGCUUUCAAUCAUGCUCAACUCCACAAAUCCAUAAAUAGAAACACACCAAGCUCAAGGUUCUCGCUUCUCCCUCACUCUCAUUCUCAUUCUCUUUUUUUUCUUGCAUGUUUUGUUGCCAAAAAUGAGCAUCCAUCGCCUUGUUCGAUCCAAUCUCACAACCCAGCUUAGGUCAUGUAUAAAAUAUGUUGCUGCCUCAAGAAGUUCACAAGAGCAUCUCUUUUUGGCUCCCUCUCUAGCCAGAUUCUAUGGGACUAGUGCAACAUUGCAAGCAGAAGAAGGGUUUAAAGGGCAUGACAUGCUUGCGCCCUUCACAGCUGGCUCCCUAAGUUCUGAUGUGCAUCCUUUGGUUAUAGAGAAGUCAGAGGGUAGCUAUGUUUAUGACAUCAAUGGGAAGAAGUAUCUUGAUGCUCUUGCUGGUCUAUGGUGCACAGCACUAGGCGGAAAUGAGCCUCGACUAGUGGAAGCUGCAACUCGACAGUUGAAUACCUUGCCAUUUUACCACUCCUUUUGGAAUCGUACUACCAAACCUUCUUUGGAUUUGGCAAAAGAUCUUCUGGAAAGUUUUACAGCUAGAAAAAUGGCAAAGGCCUUCUUUACCAAUAGUGGAUCCGAAGCCAAUGACACUCAGGUGAAGCUAGUUUGGUAUUAUUAUAAUGCACUUGGACGUCCAGAUAAAAAGAAAUUCAUAGCUCGACAUAAAUCGUACCAUGGUUCAACUUUGAUAUCAGCAAGCCUUUCUGGCCUUCCAGCUCUGCAUCAAAAAUUUGAUCUUCCUGCUCCAUUUGUAUUGCACACGGAUUGCCCCCAUUAUUGGCGCUAUCACCAGCCAGGUGAGACGGAGGAGGAAUUCUCAACCAGAUUAGCCAAUAAUUUGGAGAAUCUUAUCCUCAAAGAAGGACCAGAGACUAUUGCUGCGUUCAUUGCCGAACCUGUCAUGGGUGCAGGAGGUGUGAUACCUCCCCCUGCAACUUAUUUUGACAAGAUUCAAGCUGUUGUCAAGAAAUAUGACAUUCUAUUUAUUGCGGAUGAGGUAAUCUGUGCAUUUGGAAGACUUGGGUACAUGUACGGGUGUGAUAAAUACAACAUAAAACCAGACCUUGUAUCUGUAGCCAAGGCACUUUCUUCUGCAUAUAUGCCAAUUGGUGCUGUUCUUGUGAGCCCAGAAAUUUCAGAUGUCAUACAUUCUCAAAGCAGCAAGCUUGGUGUAUUUUCUCAUGGGUUCACAUACUCUGGACACCCUGUAGCAUGUGCCGUUGCACUUGAAGCGCUCAAGAUUUACAAGGAAAGAAAUAUUGUUGAACAAGUAAAGAGGAUUGCCCCACAGUUUCAAGAUGGCUUGAAAGCGUUCUCUGAUAGUCCCAUUAUAGGAGAGAUACGGGGAACUGGAUUGAUCCUUGGUACAGAAUUUACAGACAAUAAGUCACCUAACGACCCAUUCCCUCCUGAAUGGGGGGUUGGAGCAUAUUUCGGAGCCCAAUGUGAGAAGGAGGGGAUGUUGGUACGUGUUGCUGGUGAUGCUAUAAUGAUGUCUCCACCAUUUAUAAUUACUCCUAGUGAGGUUGAUGAGUUAAUAAGCAAAUAUGGGAAAGCAUUGAAGGCUACUGAAGAGAGGGUGAAGGAGCUCAAGUCUCAGCAGAAGUAGUUGUUAUAUACAAUAGCUGAUGAUGAUGGUGAAAAAUAUGUACGACUUCAUGUAAAGAAAAAUCCAUUCGCUGUUCUCCUUUCUUUCCCCUUGUUCCAAACUCUGUUUUAUGAGGUUGAUAUAUCUAAAUAAACCAUUUUGAACAUUAA